UGUGAUUGAAUGAACCUUUUCACGUUUUGUAUGCCCUUAAUAACAUAAGUAGCGGUUAUCGCCAUCAACCACAGAUGAAAGUGAAAGUGCAAAAGUACAACUCUGAGAGUGUUUCAAACUCAAACGCCAUUUUAAAGACGGACGAGAAAGAAAAGGGAGUAAAAGAAAGAAUGAAACUGAAAAAAGAACAGAAGACUGUACUGCAUGAAAAUCCCAGGAGGGCAGCUGUUUCUGUGAUGCUAGAACCACCACAUCUGGCACCAUCCAUCUGGCACAGUCAAAGUCGCUUAGAUCACACAUCUUGUCCAUUCUAAUAGGUUGGCUAGUUUGGGAUAGAACCCACAUGUGGUGUAAACUGGUCUGAUGUGUUCCAGUCUUCUGAGAUAGGGGGCGCUGUUUCUAAAAUGAGUCACUCAGGAGAGCCAGACACCAAAGGAGGAACCCUCAGCACUAACAGAAAGAGGGUCCAGGAGGAAAGAGCAGGGUCACCUGUACCCAGCUGUAUGUCUAUGAAGAGUGAUCGUUCUAUGGAUUAUCCAAUUCACUUCAAAGGGGAAUUCGCUGGUGAUUCAAGGGUCCAGGAGGAAAGAGCAGGGUCACCUGUACCCAGCUGUAUGUCUAUGAAGAGUGAUCGUUCUAUGGAUUAUCCAAUUCACUUCAAAGGGGAAUUCGCUGGUGAUUCAAGGGUCCAGGAGGAAAGAGCAGGGUCACCUGUACCCAGCUGUAUGUCUAUGAAGAGUGAUCGUUCUAUGGAUUAUCCAAUUCACUUCAAAGGGGAAUUCGCUGGUGAUUCAAGGGUCCAGGAGGAAAAAGCAGGGUCACCUGUACCCAGCUGUCUGUCUAUGAAGAGUGAUCGUUCUAUGGAUUAUCCAAUUCACUUCAAAGGGGAAUUCGCUGGUGAUUCAAGGGUUCAGGUAGAAAGAGCAGGGUCACCUGUACCCAGCUGUGUGUCUAUGAAGAAUGAUGAUUCAAUAUGGAGGAUACUCAACUUCAGAGAAGAGUUUCCAGGUGAUUCAAGGGUUCAGGUAGAAAGAGCAGGGUCACCUGUACCCAGCUGUGUGUCUAUGAAGAAUGAUGAUUCAAUAUGGAGGAUACUCAACUUCAGAGAAGAGUUUCCAGGUGAUUCAAGGAUCCAGCAGUCACUGGAGUACAGCUCUUUUGAAGAGAAGAGCUCGGAUAAAUUAUCUUCCGCAAAUCAGUCUCUCCUGCGUACUCUGAUGAAGCUGAGGAAGGAUGAGAAGUUGAAACUGUUUCAGAGCCAUCUGAGUCAGGAUUGCCCAGAAUGCUUUCCUACUUGGCUGGCUAAGUUUAUGAAGUUUAUUAAUGAAUUGUUCGACAGUCAUGAAGUUGAUGAUUACCCAGAAUGCAUUGAGAGAGAGCAGGAGGAUCCUGAGGCUGUGUGCAUAGUUGAGAAGUUGCUGGAGACCUGUGGCAGUGAGGGGUCUCUGAAGAUCACACUCCACAUCCUGAGGAACAUGAAGCAGAAGGAUCUCGCUGAUUCACUGGAAAGAGAUGAGCACAAUGAGUCCAUAAAAAGAGCCCAGCAGGCACUGAAAACUCAUCUGAAGAAGAAGUUUGAAUGCAUAUUUGAAGGUUUAGCAAAGCAGAGCCAGCCAACCGUCCUCAAUGAGAUCUAUACAGAGCUCUACAUCACAGAGGGGGGAAGUGGGGAGGUCAGUGAUGAACACGAAGUCAGACAGAUUGAGACAGCAUUCAAGAGACAAACCACACAGGAGACUGCAAUCCUCUGCAAUGACAUCUUUAUGCCUUUACCUAGACAAGCGAAACCUGUCAGAACUGUGCUUACAAAGGGCAUCUCUGGCAUUGGGAAAACUGUCUCUGUGCAGAAGUUCAUUCUGGACUGGGCAGAAGGAAAAGCCAAUCAGGACGUUGAUUUCAUCUUCACUCUUCCUUUCCGAGAUCUGAAUCUGCAGGAGAAAAGAGAAUUCAGUCUGAUGCAGCUUCUGCAGCACUACUUUCCACAGCUGAAAGAGAUCAGAAGUGUUGAAGGUGAUGAAGUCAAAGUUGUAUUUAUCUUUGAUGGACUGGAUGAGUGUCGACUUCCUCUAAAUUUCCAAAGUAAUAAGUACUGCUCCGAUAUAACAGAGUCAUCAUCAGUGGAUGUGCUGCUGACCAACCUCAUUAAGGGGAAUCUGCUUCCCUCUGCUCUCCUCUGGAUCACCUCCCGACCAGCAGCAGCCAAUCAGAUCCCUCCUGAGUGCGUCCACCAGGUGACAGAGGUACGAGGGUUCAAUGACCCGCAGAAAGAGGAGUACUUCAGGAAGAAAAUCAGAGAUGAGAACCAGGCCAGCAGAAUUAUCUCACACAUGAAGUCAUCCAGGAGCCUCUACAUCAUGUGUCACAUACCAGUCUUCUGCUGGAUUUCUGCUACUGUUCUGGAGACAAUGUUGGCUGAAACAGAGAGUGGAGAUCUGCCCAAAACUCUGACUGAAAUGUACACACACUUUCUGCUCAUUCAGACUAAUGUGAAGAAUCAGAAAUAUCAUGGCACUGAUGAGACAGACACAAAGAAGAUGUCAGCAUCAGAUACAGAAAUCAUCCUGAAACUGGGACAGCUGGCUUUUCUACAGAUGGAAAAGGGCAAUCUGAUAUUCUAUGAAGAGGACCUGAAAGAGAGUGGCAUUGAUGUCAGUGAAGCUUCAGUGUACUCUGGGGUGUGCACAGAGAUCUUUAAAGAGGAGUGUGGGUUGUACCAGGAGAAGGUCUACUGCUUUGUGCAUCUGAGCAUUCAGGAGUAUCUGGCUGCCUUGUUUGUAUUGCAAUCAUGUGUAAAUGAGAACAGAAAUGUACUCAGAGCAGAAGAAUCAAAACCUCACAGUGACAGAGUGCAGCUGUCUGAGUUACACAGGAGUGCAGUGGAUCAGGCCUUAUUGAGUAGGAAUGGACACCUGGACCUUUUCCUCCGAUUCCUUCUCGGCCUCUCUCUGGACUCCAUUCAGACUCUCUUAGGAGGACUACUGACAGAAACAGAAAGCAAAUCAGAGAACAUUAAGAAAACAGUCCAGUACAUUAAGGAGAGGAUCAGAGAGGAAUCUUCAGCAGAGAGGAUCAUCAAUCUGUUCCACUGUCUCAAUGAACUGAAUGACAACUCUCUUGUGAAGGAAAUCCAGAAUUCCCUGAGAUCAGGAAAACUUUCUGAUAAAGAGCUGGAACGAGACCAAUGUUCAGCUCUGGCCUUUGUGUUACUGAUGUCGGAGGAGAUCCUGGAUGAGUUUAACUUGAAGACCUACAACACAUCAGCAGCAUGUCAUCAGAGACUGGUACCAGUAGUCAGGAACUGCAGGAAGGCCAUGGUCCAGGUAGAAAGAGCAGGGUCACCUGUACCCAACUGUAAGUCUAUGAAGAUUGAUCAUUCAAUGGGGAAGCCAGUCAACUUCAGAGAAGAGUAUCCGGGUGAUUCAAGGGCCCAGGUAGAAAGAGCAGGGUCACCUGUACCCAGCUGUGUGUCUAUGAAGAGUGAUCAUUCAAUGGGGAAGCCAGUCAACUUCAGAGAAGAGUAUCCAGGUGAUUCAAGGGCCCAGGUAGAAAGAGCAGGGUCACCUGUACCCAGCUGUGUGUCUAUGAAGAGUGAUCAUUCAAUGGGGAAGCCAGUCAACUUCAGAGAAGAGUAUCCAGGUGAUUCAAGGGUCCAGCAGUCACUGGAGUACGUGAAGCAGAAGGAUCUUGCUGAUUCACUGGAACGAGAUGAGCACAAUGAGUCCAUAAAAAGAGCCCAGCAGGCACUGAAAACUCAUCUGAAGAAGAAGUUUGAAUGCAUAUUUGAAGGUUUAACAAAGCAAGGCCACCCAACCCUCUUCAAUGAGAUCUAUACUGAGCUCUACAUCACAGAGGGGGGAAGUGGGGAGGUCAAUAAUGAACACGAAGUCAGACAGAUUGAGACAGCAUCCAAGAGACGAACCACACAGGAGACUGCAAUCCUCUGCAAUGACAUCUUUAUGCCUUUACCUGGACAACAUGACAUCUUUAUGCCUUUACCUGGACAAAGGAAACCUCCGAUCAGAACUGUGCUUACAAAGGGCAUUGCUGGCAUUGGGAAAACUGUCUCUGUGCAGAAGUUCAUUCUGGACUGGGCAGAAGGAAAAGCCAAUCAGGACGUUGAUUUCAUCUUCACUCUUCCUUUCCGAGAUCUGAAUCUGCUGGAGAAAAGAGAAUUCAGUCUGAUGCAGCUUCUGCAGCACUACUUUCCACAGCUGAAAGAGAUCAAAAGUGUUGAAGGUGUUGAAGUCAAAGUUAUAUUUAUCUUUGAUGGACUGGAUGAGUGUCGACUUCCUCUAAAUUUCCAAAGUAAUAAGUACUGCUCCGAUAUAACAGAGUCAUCAUCAGUGCAUGUGCUGCUGACCAACCUCAUUAAGGGGAAUCUGCUUCCCUCUGCUCUCCUCUGGAUCACCUCCCGACCAGCAGCAGCCAAUCAGAUCCCUCCUGAGUGCGUCCACCGGGUGACAGAGGUACGAGGAUUCAAUGACCCGCAGAAAGAGGAGUACUUCAGGAAGAAAGUCAGGGAUGAGAACCAGGCCUGCAGAAUUAUCUCACACAUUAAGUCAUCCAGGAGCCUCUACAUCAUGUGUCACAUACCAGUCUUCUGCUGGAUUUCUGCUACUGUUCUGGAGACAAUGUUGGGUAAAACAGAGAGUGGAGAUCUGCCCAGAACUCUGACUGAAAUGUACACACACUUUCUGCUUAUUCAGACUAAGGUGAAGAAUCAGAAAUAUCAUGGCACUGAUGAGACAGACACAAAGAUGUUAGCAUCAGAUACAGAAAUCAUCCUGAAACUGGGGCAGCUGGCUUUUCUACAGAUGGAAAAGGGCAAUCUGAUAUUCUAUGAAGAGGACCUGAAAGAGAGUGGCAUUGAUGUCAGUGAAGCUUCGGUGUACUCUGGGGUGUGCACAGAGAUCUUUAAAGAGGAGUGUGGGUUGGGUCAGGAGAAGUUCUACUGCUUUGUGCAUCUGAGCAUUCAGGAGUAUCUGGCUGCCCUGUAUGUAUUUCAAUCAUGUGUAAAUGAGAACAGAAAUGUACUCAGAGCAGAAGAAUCAAAACCUCACAGUGACAGACUGGAGCUGUCUGAGUUACAUGGGUGUGCAGUGGAUCAGGCCGUGAAGAGUAAUAAUGGACACCUGGACCUUUUCCUCCGAUUCCUUCUCGGCCUCUCUCUGGACUCCAUUCAGACUCUCUUAGGAGGACUACUGACAGAGACAGAAAGCAGAUCAGAGGAAAUUAAGAAAACAGUCCAGUACAUUAAGGAGAGGAUCAGAGAGGAAUCUUCAGCAGAGAGGAUCAUCAAUCUGUUCCACUGUCUCAAUGAACUGAAUGACAACUCUCUAGUGCAGGAAAUCCAGAAUUCCCUGCAAUCAGGAAAACUUUCUGAUAAAGAGCUGGAACCAGACCAAUGUUCAGCUCUGGCCUAUGUGUUACUGACAUCAGAGGAGGUCCUGGAUGAGUUUGACUUGAAGACAUACAACACAUCAGCAGAAGGUCAUCAGAGACUGGUACCAGUAGUCAGGAACUGCAGGAAGGCCAUACUGAACAGCUGUGGCCUCAAAGAGAAGUCCUGUGAUAUUGUGUCCUCAGCUCUCCAGUCAUCAGACUCACCCUUGAGAGAUCUGGACCUCAGCUCCAAUAACCUGCGAGAUUCAGGAGUGGAGCUACUCUGUGCUGGAUUGAGGAGUCCAAACUGUAAACUGCAGAGACUGGACCUCAGCUACAAUAACCUGGGAGAUUCAGGAGUUGAGCUGCUCUGUGUUGAACUGAUGAGUCCAAACUGUAAACUACAGAGACUGGGACUGAACAACUGUGAACUCACACAGAAGUGCUGUAAUACUGUGGCCUCAGCUCUCCAGUCAUCAAACUCACCCCUGAGAGAUCUGGAACUCAGCUACAAUAACCUGGAAGAUUCAGGAGUGAAGCUGCUCUGUGUUGGACUGAUGAGUCCACACUGUAAAAUGCAGAGACUGGGGCUGGGUUGGUGUAAUCUCACAGAGGGCUGCUGUGAUGUUCUGGCCUCAGUCCUGCGUUCUCCUGACUCAGAGCUGAGAGAACUGGAGCUCAGAGACAACGAGCUGCAGGAUUCAGGAGUGAGAGCGCUCUCUGCUGGACUGGAGGACCCACACUGUAAUCUGCAGAGACUGGGGCUGUCAGGCUGUGGAGUCUCACAGAGAGGCUGUGAUUCUCUGGCUUCAGCUCUGUGUUCAAACCCCUCACACCUGAGAGAGCUGGACCUGAGAUACAAUCACCCAGGAGACUCAGGAGUGAGAGCGCUGUCUGCUGCUAAACUGGACACACUCAAACUGCUUGUGGACAAUGGAGGAGAGAACAGGACCAAACCAGGACCCAGGAAAUACGGCUGUCAGCUCACACUGGAUCCAAACACAGCGCACAGAAACCUGUCUCUGUCUGAGGGGAACAGGAAGGUGACACACACACGGUGGAGAGAGGAGCCAUAUCCUGAUCAUCCAGAGAGAUUUGAGCAUGUGCCCCAGGUUAUGUGCAGAGAGUGUGUGUGUGAGCGCUUUUACUGGGAGGCUGAGUGCAGCGUGUUUCUGGGGUUGUGGAAGGGAUGGGUUUCUAUAGCAGUGACAGAUAAAGGAAUCAGCAGGAAAGGAGAGGGUUCUGACUGUAGGUUUGGAGAGAAUAGAAACUCCUGGAGUCUGGAGCGCAUGUUCUGUUACUUUGAUAAAUUCAGACACUCUGUUGAUGUCAGACACUCUGUCUGCCACAGUUACAACAGAACACGCCUCCCUGCCCCCCCCUCCCCCUGCCGCAGUGCAGGAGGGUGUGAUGAUGAUGAUGAUGAUAGACGAGUGUAUGUGUACAGGGUAGGAGUGUGUGUGGACCGUCCGGCCGGCACUCUGUCCUUCUACAGCGUCUCUGACCCUGACACACUGACCCUCCUGCACAGAUUCCACACACACUUCACUCAACACACACCCCUCUGUGUUGGAUUUAGUGUGGAGAACUCCUCAGUGUCCCUCUGUUAACUGGAGUAGAGACACACACACACAUUCACACACACACGUGCGCGCGCACACAAACAUGACACACACACACCACAUUCAUAUACCCACUCACACACACCACACACGCUCAUAUACACAUGCACACACACACUCAAUCACACACACUCAGAUACACAUAGACACACACACACCCACACCUACACACACACAUCCACACACACACACGCACACUCUCACACACACCCUUUCUCUCUCACACUCACACUCUUGCACAUGCACUCACAAAUACACACACUGAUGUACACUCAUACACACGCACUCACACCUACACACACACACACUCGUGCACACCCACUCACACUUACACACACAUACACACUCUCUCACACUCAAUCUCUCACACACACAAACACACACAUUCACCAGUUCACUCUCACGCCGGGCACCCACCGCACGCGUCGCGUAAGCGUCACGUAAGCAGCACGGCGAAGCAGCACGGCGCGACGCGUAGGGUGUCUCCACUGGUUCCGUUUGUGUCGCGCAAAGGCUUGCUUAAAGCUCUAUAUUCCUCUCUAUAUUCCUAGUAGCUCUCGCAGUCUGCAGUGGGCUUACAUCGUGUAUUUCACGUUUGUUCAGGACUUUUGAUUAUGGGUUAAGUGAAUACUUGGUGAGAGACCUUUUUCAUUUAAUUUGGUAAUAUUUUUUAACACAUGUAAAUACGUGAGAAAGUAAACGCUUUAAAGAAUUACCAUAAACUUAAAUCGCAACGUAGCCUGCAUAACAAUCAAUCUCAAACUGUAUUAAUUUAUUUGCUUUGUUAACAAGCGUGCCAAUUUCAUGAAGAAUAUGUAAUAAUCAUAAUAAUAAUAAAUAAUCCGUAAUCAACCAUUGGGAAUUCCCGUGUUGUCUUGUCAUUCACGUCAAAACAUUUAUAGGAUCAGAUUUAGUAAAAUCAGCUAAUCAUGAAAAAGACAGUAACAGUUUAAUCUUGAAGGGAUAUGAACACCGGAAGCUUUGAAGUACAAGUGCAAUAAAGGUUUGCUUACAACUUCAUUUAUAAAAUAGGUGCAUUUUCAUCGGCAAGACCACUAAAUAAUCUGAUUUUUUUAAAGCUCUGUGGAUUAUCUGGUUUUUAUUAACAAGCCCUUUUUGAAAGCACGGCGAAUUAAGACAUCGGAGAAGUCAAAUAGGCUGAGCAAUGGUUGGUUAAAAACUACAUUCCAACACUCGAGCUAACAAACCGCUGCUCGGUGCAUUCACUUCUACGUCAUUCAAUAGGCUACGUCUUUCUGUGGUGUAUUUUCAAAUUUACCCCACCCCCUCCGCGAAAUAGACAGCGAAACUAAGUUUGCCUUUUCCCCAGGUUCCAGUUAUUUAUUUUUACAAAACGAAAAGGCUUGUAUUUUUUUAGCUGCUUAUAAAAUAUCUGGGAGGUAACUAGGGACACACCCCCAGUAAUAUAAGGAUGAAAUAUAAAUCAGAGCAUGUAUACCUAGCAUUUUAGAGCAUAUUUCUGUGUAUAAACAGGCCAACGUGACGCGCGAAAAGCCGAAAAAAUAGAACAGAAGCGAAAAACUACGCUUCAGUUCGCUUGUGUCGCGCGAGCUUUGCAGCCGGUACGCGACGCGUUCGCAUCUGGUGGAGACGACGUCGCCCGCUGCCGUUGUAAUAACAGUACUUCGACUACGCUUCAGUUACGCGCGUAAUACGCGCGUAGUGCGCUCGCGGUCGAUACGCGUGCAGUGGGUGCCCGGCUUCACAUGCACACACACACAUGCAUGCGUACGUACACACGCUCAUAACUGUAUGCACACACACUCUCUCUCUCUCUCUCUCAUACUCAGUCACUCACACACACACACACACACUCACAUCCACACACAUUCACACAAACGCACGCACACACACAAACCCGUACACUCACACACACACAUGCAUGCUUGCAGAGACACAGACACGUGUCAACACACACUCUCCUGUGUCCCUCUGCUAACUGGAGUAGAGACACACACACAAACAUGCACACACACGUACACACACACACACACAUGUGCGCAUACACACUCGAUCGCAUGCACACACACGCACAUAUAUAUAUAUUAUAUUAUAGAUUUAAUUGGUUAAAUAAAUGUUCUCUCCCUCUCCACCUUCGCUAAUGUGUGGUGAGCGUUCUGGCGCAAAAUGGCUGCCGUGCAUCACCCAGGUGGGUGCUACACAUUGGUGGUGGGUGAGGUGAGUUCCCCUUCGCUGUAAAGCACUUUGAGCAUUUGGAAAAGUGCUAUAUAAAUGUAAUUAAUAAUAAUAAUAAUAAUAAUAUAUAUACACACUCAUAUACACAUACACACACACACUGAAUCACACACUCACACACAUAUAUGAACACAAACACUCAUAUACACCUAGACCCUCACACCCCCACACCUACAUACACACACACGCUCAAUCACACACACACAUAUAUACACACACUCAUAUGCACCUAGACCCACACUCACACACCUACACACACUCGCACACCCAGUCACACACACACACACAUAGCCUCUCUUUCACAUACACUCCAUCACACACACACAUACUCUCACACACAUCCUUUCUCUCUGUCAUGCACACACACUCACAAAUACAUGCACUCAUGUUUACUCAUGGACACGCACUCACACACCUACGCACGCACAUUCUCUCACACCCAAUCACACACACACUUACGCACGGACACACACAAUCUCAUGCGCACACACAGACACGCGCAUGCAAAUACACACGCUCAUACCCGUAUGCACACACACACUCUUUCUCUCACUCAUACACUCACAUACAGUAUACAGAUACACACAUUCGCAAACGCACACGCACACGCACUCAUGCACUCACGCACAAACACAAACGUGUCAACACACACACAUUCUCAUUCCUACACGCACACACACAUGUAAAAACACACAUUCUCUUACCCAUACGCAAAGACACACAUACUCAGGCACUCACACAUACACACACAUGCAUACACAUACAUGCGCGCACACACCAUAUACACAUGUAUGCACAAACAUUCUCAUACCCAUACAUACAUACACACACACACCAACGUUUCUGCUGGUAAGGUUUUGCCGUGCAAAUAAUAAAAAAUAAAAAAAUAUAUAUAUAUAUAUAUAUACUGUAUAUAGCCUAUAUAUUAAGUUCAUAAAUUAAAAAUGUUAAACUUUCUAAAUAUUUCUGCCUAAAUGCGCUUUCAAAUCCAUACUGUCGCGUCCACAUAUUUAUUUUCAAAAAGAGCCUAGGCUGCGCGCUCCGUGCUUCCUCCUUUCUGAGGCGGUCGGAAGACUUGCAGCGCGCGAAUGUCGCACGGUCUGUCAAAGCGUCACUUUUUUUUCUUCAGCCACCGAAAGACAAGGAAAAGGUAGUUGCUUUCAUUCAUUUUCACAAGAGUUCCAAUAUGCAAAUUUCUGUGGGCAAAUGCAGCUGAUAGGGAGAAUGCAGAAUGAUCACUGCAGUGUACUUAUUUCCUUUCCAUACUGUAAACAAUGAUGGAUUGAGUUUCCUUAUUAAUUCUGUUAGGAUUGUUUUUUUUCUUGUUUUUUUGUUGCUUUAAUUUUCUGUAUUUUCAGACAAUAAUAUGCAAUGAUUAAACAUGAAUUAUAAAAAUAUCAAA